CGUCGCUGGGCUUUGGUUCGUGUUUCGCGCCGUUGUCUGCGCUCUCAUUGGCUGAGCUCUCGUCCAAUGGUUGGCUUUGUUUUGCAAAAAAUGGCCGAAAAUAGCGUUAAAAUGAAAAACGCGAAGAAAUUCGGGAAAAGACGACAAUUGAUUCGCUUUCCGGCGAAAGCUCUUCACUCGUGGCUCUCGAAGGACUCGCGAGCGCAAGAAGUGGCCGAAAGAGUGCGUUUCGGACAGCAGUUGUGGCGCGCGAUUGGCGGCGACUCCGACUCCGAGGACGCGCCGAAUGAUUUCGUGGGUUUCGACCAAUCGCUGCCGGAUUCGGUCGACAGUGACGUCACGACAGAGACGACGGUUUGCGACAAAAACCGAAUCCAAGAACUGCUGAGAAGUCAGUGGGAAGACCGCAUCCGCGCGCUCGCCGCCCGCCCCGACCGGCCCGCGCCCACACCCCCCGCACUCAACGCCUCCCCCGCCGCCAAAACGAAGAGCAUUCUGCGGAAGGCGCGCCUCAAGAUCAACAAUCGCACCAUUGAGAAGAUCCGAAGCGCGCACCGCAGAGACGACGACCGGAAGAGCGCCAAAAGACGCGACGCACCGGAAGUGCCGAAACCGGCCGGAAGUGCCAAAUCGGGUCAACCGGGAUUCAUAACGUGCGCCAUUUGCGCGCAAACCAAAUACUACUCUCACGUUCAGCGCCGAUACGGAGUGUUCAGUUGCGAACCUUGCUCCAAAUUCUUCGCGCGUUUCCUCAAAGACCCCAAACAAUACUUCUGCGCGCAAAGCGGCGACUGUCCCAUUGGCGACCCGUCGUGGAGGGCGGCGUCUGCGCGUUGUCGCGGAUGUUGGCUCAAAGUGUGUCUCCAGAAGUUUCGCAUCGAUUGUGACGUCAGACAAGAAGUUCAAAAGCAUUUCGCGCCCAAACUCAUGACUCGUCCGAACGUCGCGCUCCUCACAGUGGACACGGGCGCCAAUUCCUCCGCCAAAGUGGACGCCAUUCCGCGCGCCUCCCUCCUGAUGGUCGCGCAGUCGUCGUCGCACCGGUCGUCGUCGGGGCCGCGCGUGAAGCGCGUGUGUCGGUCUGCGGGCACGGCUUCGGGUCUUCCGCGCGCGACGUUUCCCUCGGAUUCCGAGACUUCCGGCGAUUCGGACGCACUUCCGGUUGACGUGUAUUUGUGCCGCGCGUUCGCCAAACAGUCGCCGGAAACGUGUCUUCACUCGCAUUGUCUCCACAAUUGUCGCCACAAAAAGUCCGCUCUCGCCGUCGCGUGA